AUGACGACUCCCUCCUCGCCCACUCCUCCACCCGCAGGCGACAGCGAUCCGCCUGUGGGAUCACCAAUGACGUCGAGUACACAGUCACCUGGGCCAUCGACACCAGCAAUCUUGGUCUCAAGUAUCGACAACCCAGAGCGCGACCGAUCCAGAUCGCGAUCAAGAACACGCUUUGCGGUCGGUUCCAGUCCCCCGCGAUCGAGAUCGGCGUCUAGACACUCACGAUCCCGCAGCUCGCUCCGGUAUAGCGUCGACGAGCCGUUCACUCCUACAGCGCAACCAGUUCAGCUUUCCAGUUCUGACCUUCCCUCGCCCGAUCAAGCGCCAAGGAAAGUACCCUCCCCGGUUAUCGGCACGUCUUCUUCACCACCGCCUCCUCCGACACGACAACUAAGCACCCAGCAGGGUGCGGCACCAGAACCUCACAUUCCAUCCGGAGACGCGAUGCUGGCCGUAUCGGACACUGGCGUCCCGAUCAUCAAGCCAAAACCUGUACGCCCACUACGCAAAGGUUCCACCUACGAGCCCGAUCCGGCAGACAGCGACCGCGAGCACAAGGACGACGAUAUCAUCGAGCUCAAGCCCAUCAAGGCCAAAGCGGGACGGGGUCGCCGCAUGCGUUCACCAUCGACCGCGACAACGACGAGCCAGAACCAGGGCGAUACACCUCUCGCGGACGCACUGAUUAAGCCGAAAGGUCAGGUGGAUGACUUCCAUGACCCUACCUUUGACGAGAAGUCUGAGGGCAGCGACGACACAAAGAUCGGAGCCAUCAAGUCGAGGUUGAACGGCACGACCAAGACCGACGCCGGGUCGAACAAUUCCGAUGACAGCAACGCGAAAGGCUCCGACGGCAUUCUCGGCGGCGCCGCAUGGGGGGAGAAGGGUGCUCGACGACGAGCAGCCCCUGCUAACGGCGCUGAGCGUCAUAUCGCCUUCGAUGUGGAGUCGGCCGAGGGCGAGGACGACGAGGGCAAAGAGGAGGACGCGGCAGGGAAGAAGAAGAAGAAGGGCUCCAAAUGGUCUCAGUCUCCACUGAAGGAGCCGAUUGACAAGCUCUUGCACAUCAUCUGGAUCUUCCUCGGGAAGCCGGAGUUUGGUUGGAUCAAACCCAGGCUCAACUGGAACGACAUGGAGCCUGUCUUCAGAGUCGGUCUCAGCGUACGUGAUCAAGGGCGGGCAUUUACUGACGGCACAGACAUGGUUGGGGUUCAUUCUCAUCCUCAUCAAGCCCUCGGGGCAGGCUAUUGGCAUGGCGGCCUUCCUGGUUCUCAUCGUUGCGUGCAUGGUGCCCCCAUGGCCGCCGAUUGUGCAGUACCUGGAGAUCGUCCUCAACCUGUUUUUCUACGUAUCCGUUGGCUGGGCAUGGGUAAGCUCCUGUCUGUGUCUUGCAAUGCUAAAUUUAAGGUCGCUCUGGGAACCUUUGUCGCCAACGCAGUGCGGGUCGAAAUGGAUCCGGCGAAAGUGCAGGCUGGUCUUGCGGCUGCCGGAGGAUCAAUGACAAAGGCUAUCUUCAAUGGAACCUUCAUCCAAGCACGCCCUUGCAUUGUCUGUGCGGUGUGGCUCUCGGUUGGAACGGGUAUUGCGCUACGGACAGCGCCCAGUCCUGCGACAUUCCCUCUGGUUUUAACUUGCAUCAUGAUCGACGUGAUGGGGUGGACAGUCUUCAAGCCCAUCGCGAUUCAAGCCGGUAUCGGAUUCGUUUGUUCGAUCUUCGUCUUCCCGCAAUCAGUGACUCAUCAGUUCCGCAGGAAGUUCGUUGGUGUGCUUAAGCCCCUCGCGCAGGGUAUGGCUGAGCUGGAGGAGCACUUCACCCAAGCGGCGUCUCUUGUCGAUGGUGGUGACGGACCCAACCAUCACUCACCGCGAGAGCCGUUCCCUCCGAAUGAUGACAGGACAUCCUUCGACAGCGACCGGAGCACAGAUGAGGAGCACAAGAUUCAUGCCUGGGGUGACUGGUCUGCCAGCAUCAGAACAACUUUGCUGGGCUCACUGGCGGGGAUGCAGCCUCUCCAGGCCCAGGAGCGUUACCUCGAUGUCGACAUUAGUUACACCCGACUCUCCGGUCAUGAUCUGAAGGACCUGUUCUAUCUCUUGACAUCGAUGCAGAUUCGAGCGAGUGGCCUGUCGUUCUUCUUCAACCAGAUCGUGAACAAGAUCCGCCGCACGCAUCUCGACUCGGGAGCGUUCAACGCCCACUCAACGCUUGGUUUGUCUCGUGCCAACUCGGCUCAGCCGUAUUCUCGUCCUUUAUCGCGGGCGACAAGUCAUGUUGGAUCCAGACCGCCAUCCAGAGGUAUCUCCAGACCCGCAUCUGCUCGCGAUAUCCGUCGCAACUCAUCAUCGAAGGAGAUCCGUGAAGUCCACUCUGCCGGCGCCAAGGAGCUUCGAGACGCGCGGAGCCACUCUUAUCGAGACCUGAAAGAUUCACGGAAUCCGUCUGCACGCGAUGUACGGGAGCAUGCCCUCGUCGACAGCACUCCCGCAACCCCGCGCAGUGGUCACGUAACACCACACCGAGCCUCAACGGAUGACAUGCGGGACCACGCUAAAACGCUGGCUCACAAACUGCAUCUCUUCCGACAAAACGACAAGAACCUGCACUCUAGUCGACAGAGUACGUCGGAUCUUCACUCGCUGAAGGGCAGCACGACUGCUCUCCAAGCUCUUAGGGAUCUGACCGGCAAGGGAAGUCACAUCUCGCUGCUCGAUCGGCUACGCAAAUCUCAGCAGCCCGUCGGAGUCUACGAAAGUCAACGGUACAUGGACAUGGAGCUGGCCGAUGACUCUGACCUGCAACCCCUAGUGCGACAGCUCGAGCUGCUCGCCGCCGGUGCGUUGCCGUUGGUAAAGUCUCUGAAGAAGUGCCUGAACGGCGCUGUGGCCUGGUCGCAAGCCAAGGACAAGAAGCGUUGGACAGAGGACAAGUCUCUGGCAAAGAGCCUUGCGACUAUGAAGAUUAUCCUUACCGAGUUCAAGGAGCAUCGUGUUCGCGUGAUCGACCCGUAUCGCGACAUGUUCGACCCCUUACACCCGACGUGGCAACGCCUCACUCCCAUCCAACACAAGGGUCUGUACUACUGCUUCGUUGCGCAGUAUCAUCUGAUUGAGUUCUCGGAGGCCGUGCUCGCCUUCAUCGAGAAAGCGUUGGAGAAGGACGCCCAACGGCCGAAGAAAAAGCUGUGGCUCCCUCGUCUGUUGGCGCUGUUCAAGCAGUUCCGCGAAUCGGUCAAGUCGGAAGUCGACCAUGCCGCGGGUGACAACGGAGAAGACGACGACCAAGAGCUCGAAGACGAGGAGCGCGAGAUGUACGAGCACGAACUCGACCACCACGAACUUGGCGCGGCGGGGCGCAGAGAUCCCGAUUACUCCCCCUACACGAACGUCUUCCUCGUCAUCUUGAGCAAGAUCACGAAGAUUCCCGACCUCAUCUUCUCGAAGAGUGGCAUGUAUGCUGUUAAGGCCGGCAUGCUCGGCUGCUUGACGUCGCUACCUGCCUUCUUCUCAAGCAGCGCUGGUUUCUACUACGCAAACCGUGGCAUCUGGUGCACUAUCAUGGCGCAACUAACUCUGGCCGUCUAUGCUGGUGACACUUUCUCGGCAUGGUUUGGCCGUCUGCAGGCGACUUUCUGGGGUUGCUGUAUCGGCACAGCCGUCUGGUACAUUGGUAGUGGUAGCGGCAAGGGUAACCCGUACGGACUGGCGACCAUCUGCUUCUUCGUCUUCAUGGUCCUGAACGGCUUCUACCGCAACUAUAACCCUGGGCCGAUGCUGACCCGAGUCAUGACAAACGCGAGUCUGAUGCUCGUCGUCGGUUAUACGACAAACGCCACAUGGGGCUGGGACGUUGGAUGGCGUCGCUUCGUUUGCGUAGUCAUCGGCAUCACGUGUGCUUGGGUCUUCACGUACUUCCCUCCGACGUACAGUGCACGACACGCUAUCCGAUACUCGUACGCCGGAACGAUCAACAAGGCCGGACGCAUCCUCUGCACCAUCUUGUCGGCAGCAAAUGACCCGCACGAGCAGAUCGAUCCUGCCUGGAACCCAGCCAUCCGCAAGGAGCUCGUCAAGACGCGCACCAAGAUCGGCUCCCUGGGUAUCCGCCACAACAAUGCAAAGAAGGAGUUCUCCAUCCGCGGAGAAUGGCCCGAGGAGCGCUACCGCGGUCUCAUGAACACGCUGAUUGAGACCAUGUCCCUGCUGUCGCAGCUGAACCACCUUCUGCCGCAGAUGGACUGGAAGUGGCGCAAGGCCUUCCUGAUGCGCACGCGCAUGAACGACCCGCUCUUCCUCGGCGACGUGCUUGCCAUCAUCAGCAUGAGCUCAACCGCUUUACGUGUCGGCAGUCCGCUGCCACAAAUCACGCCUGGACCCCUGGUCGCGAAAUAUCACUUGAACAAGUACAAGGGACUCGACGUGCCGCUCGUAGACCCCGCGAAGGCUGCGUUUGACGAUGACGACAUUCCAAGCGUCGUCACUAUCGAAGUCCUCGAAUCCGAGGAGUACAUGCGCUACGCGCUCGGCGUGUCGACGGCGUACGCGCUCAUGUCGCGUCUGGACGCCAUCAUCGUCGCGUGCAAGAGUCUGCUGGGUGAGAACUACCACAUCGCGAACAUGAAGCUGGACGGCAUGAUGGUGUAA